AUGUUUCCUAAUUUACAAUAUUUAAAUUUUGGUCGAUCUUCAAUUUGGGAUGAACGAUUAUACUUUUUUUUGACACGUCCAACUGUUAUUUCUACAAAUUUAUUAGAAUUACAUGUCUCCUUGAGAACUUUUUAUGAUUGUCUUUAUUUACUUGAUGGACAUUUCAAUCAACUUCAUACACUUUAUGUUGAUCUCGAUCUCAUUGGCGAUUUGAAUAGAGAAGUUAACAACAUAAAAAAACUACCUAGUUUAAAAUGCUUUUGGUUACACUGUAAAAUGAUAACAUUUGUUUAUGAUGAAUUUGUUUUACCACUUUUACAGCGAAUGUCAAAUUUAGAAAAACUUGAUUUGUGUAUUAAUGUUGGUAGAAGAAAAAGAUUUUUUGAUGAUAAUGAUUUGAAGAUGAAUAUUAUUAAUUAUAUGCCACAAUUAAACAAAUUUACAUUUAAUAUUUGUUCAUUAAGUAGUUUUUAUAAUGAAAUUAAUUUACCAUCAAAUGAACAUAUUCAAAAGACAUUUAGUAACUUUAAUAAUAAACAAAUUAUUUAUUGGACUGAUUAUUUUCCAAAAGAAAAAUAUGGUUAUUGUCAUAUUUAUUCAUAUCCAUAUCAACUGAAAUAUUACAAUAAGAUAACAAAUAAUUUUCCAGGUGGAAUAUUUAAAUAUGUUCGUCAAGUGUCAUUACAUGAUGAACGUCCUUUUGAACAUGAAUUUUUCCUUCGAAUUGCUGAAUCAUUUCCAUUCAUGGAAGAAUUAAUUAUACGUAAUCAUGAACAACAAAUUAAUAAACAAUUUAGAAAAUCAAAGAAUGGAAAUCAAGAUUUAUCAAUUAUUAAAUAUCCUUAUCUUAAACAACUUAAUCUUAUUGAUACGUGCAUAGAUUAUUAUGAACAAUUCUUAUUUGAUACUAAAAUGGAUUUAGCAUUUGGUGUUCGUGUUGGUAUGAUAUAUGGAUUAGUGAAAGAAGUGACACACAAUUUCACAAGAAAUAGAACAAGAAAUAAUUGUGCAAAAAUUAAUUAUGUAAAUUUACGUACAGAAAUACAAUAUGGUGGAUAUCCUGACAAGUUUUCUGGUGAACAACAACAAAUUCCUGAAUAUAUAAAAGACUAUUUUCCUCAUACACAAAUAGAUUGA